GUAAUCUGUGGAUAUUAAAAAGAAAAUUCUAACCUUAAAUAUUUUCUUCAUUUAUUUUUAAAUUUGAUUUUGUUAGUAAUUCAGUCUUAAGUUAUAUUCAUAAUGAAAAUAUGAUUAGUUCGUAACAUUUCUGUAUUAACUGUAAUAUUGCAAUUGAAAAAUACAAACCAAUGUCUCUGUUUAGAAGAUUUGUCCCUCUAUAUAUAAAAUCAUUAAAAAAUGUUCCUACUUCAACACCAGUUAAAAACAUUCACCGAUGGGUAGCACCUACCCUGAUGGAGUUUAAAAGACGUGAAAAUAAACUUGGAGGAAAGAAAACAAACCCACGCAACACAUUUCUGGAAUGGAACUUAGAAGCAGAAUUAUAUGCAUUUGGGAAACGUCUGAAUGAAGAUUUUGAUUCAAAUUUAUUGUUACAAGCUUUCACUGAUAGGUCAUAUGUUAUAAAGGAGGAAAUGAAGCAGAAAGAAAUGGAAAUUGAAAUAAAAAUGAAGGAUAAUCGAGAAUUAGCAGAACAGGGUGAAAAAUUCCUUAAUGAAUAUAUCCAAGUGUACCUAGAAACAGUUUUACCAAAGUUCCCACUAGAGGGUAUAGUAGGAAUCAGAAGAUAUCUCACCUCUGAAGACUUGCUGGCUCAUGUGUCAUUGCACAUUGGCACUAAGGACAUAAUCCUAGCUGCGGAGUACCCAGUGGACAAUUUUACUUUAGCAAAUACAUUCAAAGCUAUUGUGGGAGCAUUAUUGAAUUCUUCAGGUGAUGAAAGGACUGCUCAUUUUGUGCGUGAUUUUGUUAUUACUCAAUUGCAAGGGAAGGAUGUAAAUGAGUAUUGGCACAUAGAGGAUCCAUGGGCUAUGUUAACUGGAUUGUUGGAGAAAAAUCAAACCACAGUGGAACCUAGGUUAAUCGGAGAGGCUGGCAAAGGCACGCUACUAGCUUGUUACAGAGUGGGCUUAUACAUUGAGAAGAGAAUGAUCUCUACUGGAUUCGGGGAAUCUAUAGCAAUUGCAAAGGAAAUGGCAGCAAGAGAGGCCCUGAAAAAACUAUUUGGUACUGAAGAUCAUAUGAAACCAAUUAAUUUCAAGAUAGAUGGAAUGCCUAAGCCAAAAAGGCAAAGUCACCAUCAAAUAUCGGCCAGUUAAAACUGAAGUAGUUUAAGAUAUUAUAGUAAUGUAAUAUGUAGUUAUGUGCAUAGAUAUUUCCUUUUUAAUAAUAAAACAAAUAAUACAUUAUAAA